AUGGUUAAAGGUUCUUAACAUCCCAAAGAUUCUUCUCUCUAAAUGCAUAUCAGAUAAUUCGUAGUUUCAGCUGCUAAAUUACCUAUUUCAUAAGAUGCCCCUGAAAUUCUUUAAAUGAGAGUUUUUGCCACAGACGAAGUAACUGCGAAAACCAAAUUCUGGAAGAAUCUUAUCAAAUUCAGAGAUACCACUUUGAAUGGUGCUGUUUCUUAACUUCAUAUGGAAAUGGCUGGUAAUCACAGAGCUAAAUUUGAUACAAUACAAAUUAUUAGAACUACCACUUUAACUAAGAGAAAUAUCAUUAGAAGACCUAAAUCUUUGGAAAUGAGAGAUUCUAAAUUAAAAUUCCCAAUCAUUAAAACUAUUCAUAGACAUUCGGAUAGAAAAUAUAGAAAAGUAUACUAAGCAUAAAGACCUAAAACCUAUGUUUGA